AUGUCUGCCUCCAACUCCAACGGAAUCGCCAAGUCCUCCAAGGCCAAAACCACCAAUGCCGGAUCCUCUGGAACCGCAACUCAAGAAGCUCCAACUGACACCGUCAUGGAGGAUCUCUCGUCCGGACCACUGCUUCUACUUCCGAAAGGUACAACUCAGUUUACGGUUGAUAGUUUCAAUAAAGUUGUUUCCUCUACUCUUGUUCAACUUGCUCAUCAGUCUCAUAGGUCAAUAAAACCUAUCUGGGGCAGCACAUGUUAUUUCAUUUGA